UUUCGGAUGCCGGGAAGCGGUCAUUGGUGAAUCAAGCUGUCUGCAGUAACGUCAGGAGAUUAGUGAAUCGCAGCUGGAAUGCGUGCUUGAUUCACAAAGGCAAGAGAGGGAGACAAAGCCACCGCGCAGAAGAUACGCACAACGGACUGCCACAUCCCGCACAGCCAUGAAGGGAGAGCAUUUAUUUGCCAACAUGAGAAGCGCUCCAUUCCUCCAGCGGGUUUACCUCCUAGGAGGGGAAGAACUGGUAGUCCUCCAGUCCACCAUGGGAGAGUCCUCACUGGGAGACAGUUUCCAACAAAUCACCGACUUCAAUGAUCUCCCCAUGUCCCUCUUUGCCUGCAACGUGGACCAGUCAGUAUUUGAAGACCAUGAGGGCAAGGAAAUGUUCGAGGCGCUCUUUCUCGCGUAUGAUGAGGGUGUGACGUUCCAGCAGUUUAAGAGCUUCCGACGUGUACGAAUCAAUUUUAGUAACCCCAAAGCAGCAGCCAGUGCUAGAAUAGAGCUGCACGAGACACCUUUCAGAGGAAAGAAACUUAAACUCUAUUUUGCCCAGGUGCAGAACCCAGCAUCCGAUGGAGACAAUUUGCACCUGGCUCCUCCCCAGCCUUCCAAACAGUUCCUCAUCUCGCCUCCUGGCUCACCUCCAGUUGGCUGGCAACAGAUUGACGAGGCCACACCAGUUAUUAACUAUGACCUGCUUUAUGCAGUUGCCAAGCUUGGCCCAGGUGAGAAGUUUGAGCUACAUGCAGGCACAGAGUCUACACCCAGCGUUGUGGUCCAUGUCUGUGACAGCGAUACAGAUGAGGAGGAGGAACCAAAGAACAACCCUAAACCAAAAAUCAUCCAGACCCGACGCCCAGACCUGCCAGUCUCACACUGAACUCUACAGCUCCGCACAGAGUCAGGAGGAUUUAUCCCCUCUACCAUCUCCUUCACAGGACCUCUGUCACCCUCCUUCAGAACCUUUUUAAACACACAAACAGGGUCUGAGGGACUCUAAUAUGUGUUUCUCAUUCAGCACACACAUGUAUACAAUACUAAAUGUGCUGUAACACAAUUUUUUUUUAUGUUGCAAUACUCUAUGUUAAAUAUGGCUGCUCUCUGUAACUCUUUCCCAAUCUGACUCUGUUGUAAUGUCAUCUGAUCACCAGUUAGAGGCAGCAUGUAACCGUCCCUGCUCUCACCUACAUUUCUGAUUGGCUCCUGGGCUGUGGCACAUGAUAGUGUCAGAUGUGCCUACUGGCUGAUAGCUGGCCACUUGGCUUUGCUCUUGCACCACAACUAUGUACCAUUUGUACCCAGCAAACCAUUAAGAAUAUUACAUUCUUCAUAAGGGCAUGCUAGCCGCUAAAUGUGGCUAAACACCAGCGCUGCAUGUGGCACCCUUAGAAAUAUAUCUUCCCUAACAAAUUUCUGUCAAAUAACCCUAGUAUGGCAAAAGGAUCCCUUUUGCAGAUAAAAAAUUGCAGACCACAAGAAUCAUUUUCUUCAGGCCAGUGCAUGUUCUGGUAGCUGUGUUUCCCUAUGUGUAUAAUUGUCUGUGUCUCACCAACAGUGUUCUUACAGGAAAAUGAUGCUUUUUAAAACAUUAAGCUGACAGUUUGAUCACACCUUUCAAUGGAACCUAUACAAGUUGCUUCCUCAAUGUGAAUUGUUUUUUUUUUGUUUUUGUUUUUUUGUUUUGUGCUUGUGCUCUUUUGAAGAGGGAAACCUUUUUUUCCCUGCAAGCUAUCUUAGAGAUUAGAUAACAUCAAAUGGGUAAUCAGAUGUCAUUUAAUGAAGUCUGUAUUAUGCACGGUUGUUUUUAGAAUUUAAUGUAGCUGUCCAAAUCCACAGCUCUCCUCAUAGUCUGAGACUUUUCGCAAACAAGUUCAUUUCUAAUCAUGUCAAAGAAAACAUGUACAGUAGGAUGCUAGUGAGACAAAUCUUCCAAGUGCUAUUACACAGUGGGUUACAAAAAGCAAACGUUAGGAUGGUGAUGUCGACUUUCCUUAUUCAAUCAGUAUCUUUUUGGUGUGCCUAACUCAUUUAUGGAUUAUUUAGCUAAAAUAAGCUAUUUAUAUAUCUAAAGUAAGUACAUAACAUCAAGGCAUGCACACACAAUAUCCAUAGAUUGCAGUCAGCAGGUGUUGCAGUUGAAUAGUCCACAAGUCGUCAAACUAAAGCACACGCAUCCAUAAUAAAACGUGCUGCAGACGGCUCCGGGGAUGAAUUUAGCCUCCUGUAAUAAAUCCAUGCAUUUUUGUAAGAAAAAUAUCCAUACUUCAAACAUAAUAAACAUUUUUCUCUCACUUCUGGUAUCUGUCAUACGUGAAAGAUGUUCCGGCAGAUAAUGCAGCAUGGAUUCACUACAGGAGGCCAUUUUUCAUCCCCCAGAGCUGUAUGCGACAUGUUUUAUUAUGGAUUUGCAUGCUUUGUUUGACUACUUGUGGACUGUUCAACUGCAACACCCGCUGACUGCAAUGAUAGAGCUUGGAAUAGCCAGGAAAAUUUUUUAUAUUACUCUGACUGGAUUUGUCUGAAAGAAGAAAGUCAUAUAAACCUUGGAUGCUUCAAGGGUGAAUAAAACACAGGCUGAUUUUUGAAUUUUUGGGUGAACUAAACCUUUAAUGUGAUACUUGACUAACGCCCUUCGUUGAAGUGUUAUUGUACGAGUAUGUUGAUAUUAAGAUAUUAAGUUUUCCUUUCUCUUUGGAGUGUUACAAGCUGUUCGUGCACAGAUAUGAUCCUUAAAGUUGCAAAGACUAAAGUCUCAAACCCAAAGAGAUAUUCUUUAUAAAAGUCAAGACUCGCCCACACUCCCCUGUAACCGCUCGUUCUAACACGCCCCACAUGUCUCCGUCACGAUAUGGGAAGAUUAGCAUAAAACCGCCCAAAUGAUCACAGAAAGAAAGGAGGAGUAACUUUUAUUCUCUCUGUUGCCACCGCUAUCGUGUUGUGGAGAUGCUGUGUGUUUCAUCAUGAAAGUGUAACUACUUUGUUUGGCCUUCCAAAAGAGGAAACAACUAGAAAUCAGUGGUUAAGUUGUAUUUACGAUACUGUUCCAGAAAGGUUCAACCCAAAUAUUUGUGUGUGUGCAACGCAUUUAACGGAGGACUGUUUCCUGAACUUACAAUGCUGGCUGUUCUUACUCACAACCUGUAAGUAUGUUUUCAUAUUUAAAUAAUUUGUUCAAAAUGAGUUUUGAGCAAUGUAGAGUAGCGCUUGUUGUUUGUCAUUUCUCCGAUCACAAAUGCAGACAAAUGGCUUUAUGUUUACACGCGAUGCAAUGUGUAAAAAAACUAUGUAAGUCAUAAUCUAUAAUUAUGUCCCCACUGGAUGCAACAAAUGCCUCAUUUGUAUUGGGUUUUAUUGUUUUUGUCUCGUCGCACCAGGACACGGCAUCACAGUAAGGGGCGUAACAUUUCCGUCACAUACUUGUGGUAUUCGGCCAAUCACAAUGCACUGGAUAGCUGGCCAAUCAGUGUACACCUUGCUUUUCAGAACGAUGAGCUUUGUAAAAAUCUACGCGUUUCAGAAAGAAAGGGCAAAGAGGAGCAACAAGAAUGUACAGUAUGUGGAAAAUAAUGUGUUUUUUGAACCUUAAACCGCAUAAAUGCAUUGCAUUACACCAAAUACACCAAAUAAUGUUCUUUUUAGCAAAGUCAUAUGACUCCUUUAAGGAGGUUAUCUGGCUUAAACACCUGUUGUUCCGUGUUCACGAUUUGUUAAGGGUGGUAGCUGUUUUUUUCUCAAAGCUCCGUUGAAUUGGAUUGCUCUUUGGUCCAAAUGCUGUUGGUUAGCAACUCAUCUGUGUGUGUCCAUAAGCCAGAAAGAAUGUAGAAAUAAUACACACCAUCCCCCUGAAGCAGUGACUCUUUCACUGUUUUGGACACAGGGUACUGACAGCUCUCUCUUGACAUCUGCAUCAUGACACACAGAUGUUCCAUUAUGCUACCACAGCCUCAAGCCUUAUUUGAUCUAUUGCUCACAAGACGAGCAGUGCACACUCUGGUCCUCUUCUCUGAAAAUAAACAUGAGGCAUAGUACAUGUCAAUAGGAUAAAUGUGUAAACUAAUGGGAUGAGAGCAAUAUAUCAAAAUCAAUACCAACCAACCAUCCACUGCCUUGGACUUUCCCUUCCAAUUCAUUAUUGCCCGCUUGGCCAAUCAGCUCUUCACGUAUUCUCUCCUCACAAUGACAAAAAUCUAUUGCAGUCUCACAUGCUGCCAGCCUUCCUUGCCGUCAUGUAAUUUAAGAUUUUUGUAUUGUUCUGUAUUGCACUUUCUUAUUCACAUGACUGUACACACUGUCACUCAGUAACUGUGUUUCCUUUUAUUUUUCAUGUACUCCUGAAGACAUGAUAUUAUCGCUGUUCUCAAAGUCUGUGAUCUGGAGUUAGUGUCACUGAUGUUGGGAAAGAAUAUCUGUAUUGUGUGUACUCGAGCAAAACCAUUGGUGAUCUUGUCAUCUACAUGUGCGUCCUGCCUGCCGACACAAAGGAGACAUAUCUGUAUAUAUUAAUCAAUAAUAUUUUUACUGCAUUUUUGUACAAAUAUUCAUGGUAGCCAUGUACAAGUAGUUGAGAUGAUUCUUUGUUAGUAUUAAAAAAAAAAAGUUUGGUUUUAAAA